GAAAAUUGGUAGAGGAAGAGGAGGUAAAAAAGCACAUCCAAACAGCUUUGUUUGUAGGCCGUUGGGUAAAGUGGAGUCCACAAAGGAUGGCAGAGCAGUAGCACCGCGGCACGGCUGCUCUCAGACCGGCAGAACUGAGGUUUGAUUUGUAGGAACCCCCACCCCUCCCUACAACACAGUAAAGCUGUCAAUUAGUGUAUAUGUCUGGGCAUCAAAGUGAUGGGGCCACGGAGGAAGGCAUCCAAACUCCAGCUGUUAGUGGGCAGUGGUGGAGGAGACCCACUCCUCAGACCCACAGAACCCAAAGACUACAUCAACGAGUUGUCCCAUGAAGUCCUCUGUCACAUUUUCAGGUACCUUCCAAUGAAGGAUAUCAUGUGCAUGGAAUGCUUGUCCAGAAAGCUCCGAGAAGCCGUGACUCUGUACCUGCGCGUGAUCAAGGUGGUGGACCUGUGUGCCGGUUGCUGGUGGGAAUACAUGCCCUCAGGUUUCACAGAUAGCAGCUUUCUGAUCCUCCUGAAGAAGAUGCCUGACAUGGAGCAGCUGUAUGGCCUACACCCGCGCUACCUGGAGAGGAGACGGGUCAGAGGCUACGAGGCUUUCAGCAUCCCCGGAGUCCUGGAGGCUCUCCAAGCCUGUCCCAAUCUGCUGGGUGUAGAAACGUCCCACCUGGAGCUGGUAGAAGCCAUUUGGAACUAUAUGCCUCAGGUUCACAUACUGGGGAAGUUCCGCAACCGUAACGGGGCUUUCCCCAUUCCCGCCGAGAACAAACUCACCAUCCCCAUAACCGCCAAGAUCCAGACCUUACAUCUUGUGGGUGUGAACGUGCCAGAGGUCCCCUGUGUGUCCAUGCUUCGGCACCUGUACCUGAAGUGGGUGCGCUUCACCAAGCCACAGCCGUUCAAGGACUUCCUGUGCGUGAGCCUGAGGACCUUCGUCAUGCGGAACUGCGCGGGACCGACCAACUCCCUCAAAUACGUGCCGCUCGUCACUGGCUUGGCAUCAGCCCGGAACCUCGAACAGCUCGAGCUGGUCAGGGUCCCCUUCCUGGGGGGGUUGAUCCAACAUGUGGUGGAGGACAGCUGGAGGUCAGGGGGAUUUCGAAACCUCCAUACCAUUGUCUUUGGAGCUUGCAAGAAUGCUCUGGAAGUGGACUUGGGCUACCUCAUCAUUACUGCUGCCCGCAGGCUUCAUGAGCUGCGUAUCCAGCCCUCUCUGACAAAAGAUGGAGUCUUCUCAGCUCUGAAAAUGGCUGAGCUGGAGUUCCCUCAGUUCGAGACCCUCCACCUGGGAUAUGUGGACGAGUUUCUUCUGCAAUGUAAGAUGAACCAUUCAGAGCUGGUGAAGUACGGUCUGGCCGAUGUCAUCGAGAACCCCGGCAUCAUCACUGACAUCGGCAUAAAGGUGGUGAACGAGGUCUUCACCAACAUUAAGUAUCUGCACAUCUACAACUGUCCACACCUGCACAACCCUCACCACUGGAUCACAGGUACCCCUCCGAGGCUCUCGACCGAUCAGUCCCGAUGGAGCCGGCUGGUGGACCUCACUCUAGUGCGUUGUCACGCCAUCAAGCUGGAGUCUUUUUCCCACUUCAUAGAGUUACUGCCCUGCCUGGAGUUCAUCUGUCUCGACCAGAUGUUUAGAGAGCCACCCAAGGGCUGUGCCAGGGUGGGCCUGAGCGCAGGGACCGGCAUUGGCGUGUCCUCGGCACUGGUUAGCAACCAGAACUCCAACAACGACAACAACAACCACCACCACCACCCUAAUGAGGCCAACCAGCCUCCUGCUCCUCCACCUGUCGUCAACAACAACAACAACAACCAGCAGCAGCCAAAUGGCAAGUCUGUACGACAGCCCACACUCGGCCUGGUGUCUUCCUUUACAUCUUCUUGCUUUGUUUUUGUUUUUCCCAAAGCAGUGGAGAUAAACAGGCUGGAAGAAGAGGAUGAUGAAGAAGAGGAGGUUGCCUAUCAAGAAAGAAAAAUGGGGGAUGAGCCUCAGAGAGCGCAGAAACAAGCUGAAGGGGGGGUAGAAGAGGGGAGGGCUGACGCAGCAGGACCCAGCAAUCCAGCCGGAGCAUCGCAGGCUCCUGAUGAGGAGCAAGCCGGUCCGAGUGGUCUGAGCCCGCAGUGCAGACCGGCGGGUUCGGCCGCUCCCAAGCCGCCGCUGGUCAUCUCGGACUCGGACAGCGAAGAAGAGGAAGGCCUCGUUUCCAGACUAGCGCCGGCGUCCUGUCAGCAGCAGCAGAUGUCCUGUACGAAAGGUAAAGGAAAGACUCCUCUGCGACGAAGCAACAACCCAGCCGUACCUCCGAAGGCUCCGGCGCCGCCGAGCAGCUGUGAGAAGGGCUGUCAGGUGACCAGCGAGCAGAUCAAAGCGGACAUAAAGGCGGCCACAGAGAGCAGCAGGAGGACAAGCGGCAAAGCGGUUCCCCUCGAGGCCGGGGAGGCCGACGGCGGGAUGCUGUCCUCAUCCAGGCCCAGAGUGAGGCCGGGCCCCGGACCCAUGAGCAGGGAGGCCUCCGCUGCCGCCCCGGCGGUACCCGCGGGGGGAUGCGCGAGAGGUCCCCAAAGGUCCGCCCUGGGGUCCGCCCGGGCCAACGACUGCACCCCCCCCGAGGCCCAGCCGGGGCACGGCGCCCCGAGGGCACCCAGGCAGCAGGACGCACACGAAGAUCCGCAGCUGGCCGCAGCCAGAGCCGCCUCCCUCACCGGUUUAGGCUCCCAGCACAACGCAGCCGGCCCAGACUUUGUUCCGAGGCGGCCCAUGACCCGAUCACGCACCCGCACCUCUUCUGUGCCUUUGUUACCCGAGACAGAUCUCUCAAGAACCAGGCCUCGGGUGGCAGUCAGAAAAAAACGAAUGACUGACAAAUCCACCAGCACCUCAGACCCAGUCACUGAGGAUGACCAUGUCCAGGUUUUAUCUUUGAAGAGCAAAAACCUGGUGGGCAUCACGUUGAUCAACUGCGGAAUCACUGACCUGGUCCUCAAAGACUGUCCCAAGAUGAUGUUCAUUCACGCCACCAGAUGUCGAGUGCUGAAGCAGCUGCGAAUAGAGAAAGCACCCAUAGUGAACCGCUUUGACUACGCUCAGUGCAAGAAGCUGGACAUGAUCCAGGUUCUGGAUCAGAUACUGAGAAUGCCCCCCGAGAGGAACCGCAUAAUCUACAUGCGUCCCAUGCACCAGAUUGACUCGGUAUCUCUGGAGCGCCAGCUCUUCCAGGGACCGUACCCCUACCACAUCGCCAUAGUGCACGAGUUCAGCAGUCCUCCAAACAUCCGAAACAAAGUGCGCAUUCGCAGCUGGAUGGACACCAUAGCCAACAUCAGCCAGGAGCUUAUCAAGUACGAGUUUUUCCCCGAAGCCACUCGGACAGAGGACGACGUGAAGAAGCACCCCAGGUACCCCUGGGGGCGGGACAUCUACACACUCGAGGGUGUGGUGGACGGCGCCCCCUACAGCAUGAUCACAGACUUCCCCUGGCUCAGGACCCUGAGAGCAGCCGACCCCAACAGCUACGCCCGCUGCGACUUUGAGGACGACGAGAACACCACCAUCUACGCCCCCCGGCGGAAGGGUCAGCUGUCGGCCGACAUCUGCAUGGAGACCAUCGGCGAGGAGAUCUCCGAGUGCAGGCAGAGCCGGAAGGGAGUGUUUCAGCGGGUGGUGGUCCUCUUCCUGCACCACUGCGACACGCCGGGAGAGCCCGUGGACGACGACUACAUCUAGGCCCAGGUUCCCCACCCACCGCAUUUCCAGCCCCGCCCCCCUCCGCUGAGAUUCCUGCCGGCCGUGGUCGGACACGCCGGCUCAGACGGAGGUCAGGGCUUCGUGGGGUCAGCCUGCGACCGCUUUGCUCCCGUCGGAGGGGAACGGUCAGAGUGUCGGGAACAUUCCGAGCCCCCACGCGAAGGCACUAAGGUGGGACGGGCGUUAAGGCCAGAAGCCCUCCUCCACCUGUAGGCUUCCGCUCGGCAGCGCUUUGUUUUCCAGCUAAGAAAAGCGUUCCGAUGCCACUUCUCACCGUUGUCGCCCCCCACCCCCAUCCUCUUAGCGUGUUCCCGACAGGAAGCAGAGAGUCCUUACUUAGCCUCUGCCCGCGUGGGUUGAUGGGAUACUUCUGAGGGAUGGAUGCCGUGAUCAAACGUCACUUGUCGGAGGCGCACUCUCAGCCGCGUUGAAUGUGGGUUCUGCGCACGUUCAGCCUUUUGUUUUUUUUUAGUAUUAUUAUUAUUUUUUAUAACCCUGCUGGGCCCAUUUCACCACGGCCUAAAAGGGCCCAGCAGACCUGCUGCUCAGAGCCAGAACACAGUGGCCCUCUCGCCUUGGUAUCCAUCACGAACUACGACGUCCAAGUUUUUGACGUCGGAUACGCUCGACGCUGCCUCAGUAGACCCGCUCAUGCCUUUUCCGCGUCCUGCUCAAUUUUUUUGUUAUUUACGACGAUCAAACGAACUUCAAAGAAGAACCUCGCUCCUCAGGAUAUGUGUGUAUGUCGGUGAACAGAAAUGAGUUAAUUCCAUGGCUGGAUUUGGGGGUUGGCUCUCAGUCAGUUGCAGAUAAAGAUUCUAAAUAGAUUACAUAUGAUUAUUGUACACUUCUUAUGAAGUUGUCUCUGUUUGAAAAGACACUGCCGAUAUGCAUCCAGAAAAGUAAAAGAAU